AUGCCCCGCAAGGCGAUCGACUCGCGGAUUCCCGCUCUCAUUCGCAAUGGAGUCCAGGAGAAGAAGCGCAGCUUCUUCGUGGUUGUUGGUGACCAUGCCAAGGAUGUGAUCGUGCACCUUCACUACAUUAUGUCCAGCGUGGACGUGAAGCAGAACAAGUCUGUCCUAUGGGCUUACAAGAAGGACCUGCUCGGCUUUACGAGUCACCGCAAGAAGCGCGAAAUGAAGAUAAAGAAGGAGGUCAAACGCGGCAUCCGCGAACCGAACCAAGAAGACCCAUUCGAGCUUUUCAUCACCCUCAACCAAAUCCGAUAUGUCUACUACAAGGAAACCGAGAAGAUUCUGGGUAACACUUACGGCAUGUGUGUGUUGCAGGAUUUCGAGGCCAUGACCCCCAAUCUGCUGGCACGAACUGUCGAGACCGUCGAGGGAGGUGGUAUGGUCAUUCUGCUGUUGAAGAGCAUGACCAGUUUGAAGCAGCUGUACACAAUGUCCAUGGAUAUUCACUCGCGAUACCGCACGGAGGCCCACGAUGAUGUGGUUGCUCGUUUCAACGAGCGAUUCAUUCUGUCCUUGGGAGGCUGUGAUUCAUGUCUGGUAGUCGACGAUGAGUUGAACGUGCUGCCCAUCUCCGGCGGCAAGUCCGUGAAGCCACUCCCUGCUCCCGAAACAACCGACGAGUCAGCUUUCGGCACGAAGAAGGAGCUGAAGGAAAUCAAGGAGAGCUUGGCCGAUUCGAAGCCCGUGGGCCCCCUGCUCAACUUGGCCCGCACCGUGGAUCAAGCUAAGGCGCUCCUGACAUUCGUUGAUGCCAUUGCCGAGAAGACUCUGAAGAGCACCGUUGCUCUGACUGCGGGUCGUGGACGAGGAAAGUCUGCCGCUCUCGGUGUCGCCAUUGCAGCGGCUGUCGCUCACGGCUACAGCAACAUCUUCAUCACUUCCCCCAGCCCAGAGAACUUGAAGACGCUGUUCGAGUUCAUCUUCAAGGGCUUCGAUGCACUUGGAUACCUUGACCACGUCGAUUACACCAUCCUGCAGUCGACCAACCCCGACUUCAACAAGGCCGUUGUUCGUGUGAACAUUCACCGCAACCACCGCCAAACCAUCCAGUACAUUCAGCCCCAGGAUGCGCAUGUCCUUGGACAGGCAGAGCUUCUCGUCAUUGAUGAGGCUGCCGCCAUUCCCCUACCAUUGGUGCGCAAGCUGAUGGGACCUUACUUGGUCUUCAUGUCCUCCACUAUCAAUGGCUACGAAGGCACGGGCCGGUCCCUGUCUCUGAAGUUGAUUCAGCAGCUGCGGGAACAGUCCCGUGUCGGAGUCAAGACAGACGAUACCGAUGUCGCGGACCGCAGCACAGGCAAGUCCGCUAAGGGCUCAGACAAGAACCUGACCGGCCGAACCUUGAGAGAGAUCACCCUCGCGGAGCCCAUUCGUUACGCACCAGGCGAUUCCGUUGAGAAAUGGUUGAACAAGGUUCUGUGCCUUGACGCAACUCUUCCCAAGUCCCGUAUGAACACACAAGGCUGCCCUCACCCCUCGCAGUGUCAAUUGCUCCAGGUCAACCGUGAUACUCUAUUCUCUUUCCACCCUGUUUCCGAGAAGUUCUUGCAACAAAUGAUGGCGCUCUACGUCGCCAGUCACUACAAGAACACACCCAAUGAUCUCCAGCUCAUGAGUGACGCUCCUGCCCACCAGCUCUAUGUUCUUGUACCGCCUAUUGACGAGGAGGCCACUAAGUUGCCCGAGCCCCUUUGCGUGAUUCAAGUCGCGCUCGAGGGUCGCAUCAGUCGUCAGAGUGUCCUUAACAGUCUGAGCCGUGGUCAGCGUGCUGGGGGUGAUCUCAUCCCUUGGUUGGUCAGCCAGCAGUUCCAGGAUGAGAACUUCGCCAGUCUUUCCGGUGCUCGUAUUGUCCGCAUUGCCACUAACCCCGAAUAUGUGGGUAUGGGAUACGGAUCUCGGGCUAUGGAGCUUUUGGUCGACUUCUUCGAGGGCAAGUUCACGAACCUGGAGGAAGGCCACACCGCAGCGGAAGAGGAGAUGGUCCGUGUCACAGACGAAGAGCUCGCCAGCUCUAGCCUUUUGGAUGACAACGUCCACGUCCGCGAUAUCCGUUCCAUGCCUCCGCUGUUCGGCAAGCUGAGCGAACGUCGCCCGGAUGUCCUCGACUACAUCGGUGUCAGCUACGGACUCACCCCCUCCCUUCACAAGUUCUGGAAGCGCGGUUCCUUUGUCCCCGUGUAUCUGCGUCAAACCCCCAACGAACUCACUGGCGAGCACUCAUGCGUGAUGGUUCGCACUCUUUCCACCGGCGAGACCGACGAUGCCUGGCUGAGCGCCUACGCGCGCGACUUCCACAAGCGAUUCCUCGCACUGCUGUCCUACCAAUUCGGCCAGUUCCCGUCUGUCCUCUCCCUCAGCAUCUGCGAGUCUGCGAACAACGGCGCCAAAAAGGACCCGAAGUUCACUCCUCGUGUCCUAAGCAAGGCCGACCUCGACGCCGCGUUCUCGCCCUUUGAUCUCAAGCGUCUGGACAGCUACGCCAACAACCUCCUUGACUACCACGUCAUCCUCGACCUGAUCCCCACUCUCUCCGAAUACUACUUCUCCAACCGUCUCGAGGGCAAGGUCAGCCUGUCCGGUGUGCAGCAGUCCAUUCUCCUCGCCAUCGGCCUGCAGCACAAGAACCUCGACGACCUGGAGAAGGAGCUGAACCUCCCCUCCUCCCAGCUCCUCGCCAUGUUCCUCAAGAUCGUCCGCAAGAUCUCUACACACUUCCGCAAUCUGAUUGAAUCUCACAUCGAGCAAUCCCUGCCGGCCCAAAAGGCCCGUCUCGAGACCUCGGAGGCCCACGAUGAUGACAUCGAAAACAAGCUCCAGCCCCUGCCUAUCAGUCUCGAGGAUGAGCUCCGCGAGGGAGGCAAGCAGAUCGAUGAGGAGAUGCGCGCCAAGCAGCGCGCCCUGGCUGCAUCUAACCCUGACGGACUUGAUGGCUCGAAGCCGUCUAAGCGCAAGAAGGUCGAGACUGCUCGCGACAUUUACGAUAAGGAGAUUGACUCGAAGAGACAAAAGGUUAUCAAGAAGGGCACUGAGAGCCGCAAAAAGCGCUAG